AUGGGCCAGGUAAUAGGUUCACUUAUGGGCAUAUUUCAAAAGAAAAAUUUAGAUUUCAAAUUGCUCAUGAUUGGACUUGACUCUGCUGGGAAGACAACUAUCCUAUAUAAGUUAAAACUAGGGGAGACAACAAAUCCAGCUCCUACCAUUGGAUAUAACCUUGAAGAGAUCAAUUAUAAGAAUGUAAAAUUAAAAGUGUGGGAUCUUUCUGGAUAAGAAAAAAUGAGAUCGAUUUGGAAACAUUACUUUGAUUCAGUAAAUGGAAUCAUCUUUGUCAUAGAUAGCUCCGAUAAUUCUAGAAUAUCUGAUGCGAGAGAUGAGCUUCACUAAAUAUUAGGGGAAAUUUAGGGCAAUAAAUUAGUUCCUUUUUUGAUUUUGGCAAAUAAAUAGGAUAUUCAGGGAGCUUUAAGCUAUUCAGAAUUAAGGGAGUAAUUAGCUUUAUAAGGUGAUUAUGAGAGAAGAGGGAAAAUAAGAAUAUAGCUAACUAGCGCAAUCAAAGAUAAAGGCUUAAGUGAAGGAUUUAAUUGGCUUGUGGAUGAAAUAUAAAAGAUUAAUAGUAAUUGA